AUGCAGAAGCUCAUACUCUUUGCACUCCACAGCUGUGCCGCCUGGGCCUCGUACAACUUUGGCCCAGACAAAGCAGAAUCCUGGCUCACGCCAAACGUACCCACACUAUACGACCUCACAGCCUCCCAAUUCCAGAGCGCCCCCAUCUCCUCCUACUACGCCGGCUCCUUCCUCACCACAACAAACGGCAACCAAUACUUCGUCGUCUCCCACCUCCUCCUGCUAACCCAGCAACCGCAAUCCAACAUCCGCCACUCCAUCCUCGACAUCACCAACCCAUCCACCUAUCUGACCUCCUCCUCCUUCGUCCCGACGCCCCCGCAACCCCCUGCCAACACCACCGCUGGCCCCUGGUCCCACGCCUUCCCCAACUACACCUUCUCCUCGCCAUCCUCCGACUCCGCCUCCCGCAUGCACACGCGUGCCACCUCCGAGAAAUACUCUUUCGACCUCAGCUUCGCCGCCACCUCUUCCGCCCUGCACAACCUCGGCGCCGGCACCUUCGCAUUCGGCACGGGGAACAACUCGCAGUGGUCGCUCCCCGCCUGCCGCACGUACGGCACACUCACCAUCGACGAAGAGGAACUAACCGCCGACCCCGACCGCUCGCUCACCUGGUACGACCGGCAAUGGGGCUACGUCAGCGCGCCACCGGCGUUCACGUGGAUGGGCCUGCGUUUUCCCGACGCGGACAUCAGCAUGAGUGUUUGGGCGAUCGAUUACCACGACUCCUCCUCGUCGUCGUCGAAUGACACACGGCAGUGGCGCUUCGCGACGGUGCAGACGCCGCAAGGCAACUUGAUUCUGGACGUCGCGGUCAGGCCGGACGAGGGGUCGGUGUGGACGUCGCCGGCGACGGGGAAGGCGUAUGCGGCGCGGUGGCGGCUGGAGUUCCAGAAUGGGGAUGUGGUGAACGUCACGGCUGUGCGGCCGGAUCAGGAGUUGGGGACGGGGAUAUCGGCGUUUGUGAGGGUCGAGGGGAGGUUCAUGGGGACUGAUCAGGGGGGUUUUGGGGUGGUGGAUGUGCUGGGGUGA